CCUGAGUGGGAGUCGCGGUCAUAGGUCCUGCGGAAUCGGGGCGUGGGGUGAGGGGCCGGCGGGCAGGGGAGCAACUGAGGUGCGGCGUGCAACCCUCUGGACCUUCUGGUAACCGGAGCGCACAGAGCCAACUGACGGGAAACCGCAGGGAGCGCUCCUUCCACGGGGUCCUAGCCUCGCCCGGGUUGGACUGACGACGCAGGUGCACACCCAGGACGAGGAGGGACUGGCACUGGACAAAAUGCCUGCUGGCACAGACUGUCCUGGGGAAGGGCAGAGACUUCCGGUGAAUGAGACUCCCGUCCCUGUAUAAGUGACUGAUCCCAGGACGCGCACACUCCCUCCUCCCUCCUCCACACCAUAGCCCACCUGGUAUCCUAGGGUCCCUUGGCUUCAUCAUGGAUCCAGAGUGCUCCAGGUUACUCCCAGCUCUCUGUGCCCUCCUGGCUGACCCCAGACAGCCAGUGGCAGAUGACACCUGUUUGGAGAAGCUGCUGGAUUGGUUUAAAACGGUAACUGAAGCAGGGUCCAGUCUCUUGUUACUACAGGAGAAUCCUUGCCUGGUAGAGCUGCUGUUCCAUAUGCUGAAACCCCUGGACCUUAACUCAAGAGUCCUCUCCUUCUCACUCCGCCUCGCAGGGGUGUUUGCAGCCCAAGAAAACUGCUUCCAGUAUCUUCAGCAGGGGGAGUUGCUGCCUGGACUUUUUGGGGAGGCAGGCCCCCUUAGCCAAGCUGCCUGGACAUCCCCUGGUGUGCGCAGUGGCUGGAUCCAGGGCCUGCGCUCCCUGGCUCAGCACCCCAGUGCCCUACAUUUCCUGGCCAACUGUGGUGCUGUUGAUACCAUCUUCUCCCUUCAGGGAGACCCCAGCCUGUUUGUGGCCUCAGCAGCCAGCCAGCUCCUGGUGCAUAUCCUGGCUCUGUCGAUGGACAGCCUACCUGGGGAGCGUCCUAGCCCGCAGACUGCCGGCUGGCCGCCGUGUGCCCAGAAGAUCGUGGGUCACAUUGAGGAGUCCUUGCGCUCGAUGGCGGCUCCAAGGAUCACGCAGGCCCUGAAUGUCCUGACUACCACUUUUGGGCACUGCCACAGCCCUUGGGCCGAAGUCCUUUGGGUGCAGCUGAGUCCCCUGGUGACCUGUCUGCUUGAAAAAGACCCUGUCCCGGCUGCACACUCGCUGGUGGACCUUCUCCUCAGUGUGGCCCGUUCUUCUGUGUUGAGUUCAUCAGACUGUGGCCUAUGGGAGACACUGUCACAGACACUGAGCCACCUGAACCCCACACAUUCAGGGCCUUUGGCUUUGGGCAUCCUGAAACUGCAGGACUGCCAACAGGCACUGAAGGCCCAAGCUUUUGAUGUUCUCCUCCAGCCCCUUGCCUGUGUCCUGACAGCCACAGCUCAGGCUCCUGGGCUCCCAGCUUUGCUGGAUGGGACUGAGGGUGACUCAGUGACAAUGGAUGUGCUCCUGUCCUCCAAGUCAGCCUAUGUGGGUCUCCUGUGCCGGACUCUGGCCCACCUGGAGGUGCUACAGCAACUGCCUCAGUGUCCUUCGCCUUGGCCCCAGGCACCUCUCCUUGGAGCAGUGGUGACAAUACUGAGGUUCUGCAAUGGCUCAGCAGCCCCCACCUCUGAUGUGGGGGGCCGCCUUUGUGGCAUCCUGGUGGGCUGUGUCCGGGUCCAGCGAGCAGCCCUGGACUUUUUGGGGACUCUGUCUCAGGGGACAGGCCCCCCAGAGUUGGUGAUGCAGGUGUUUGCCAUUCUCCUGGAAUAUCUCCAGAGCCCUGACUCUAGCCCCACGGUUCUGAAGAAGACCUUCCAGGCCACACUGGGGUGGCUCCUGAGCUCACCCACAACCCCUAGCAGUUGUGAUCUAGACCCUCCUAUCCAGCUGUUUCUCAGAGAACUGCUUCCUGUGCUCCAGAAGCGCCUCUGCAGCCCUUGCUGGGAGGUGAGGGACUCGAGCCUGGAGUUCCUGACCCAGAUAUCCAGACGCUGGGGAGGGCAAGCUGACUUCAGACAUGUGCUCCUCGACUCGGAAGUGCCCAGACUUGCCAAGCAGCUCCUGAGAGACCCUGAAAGCUACGUCCGUGCGAGUGCAGUGACCACCAUGGGGCAGCUCUCUAGUUGGGGGUUGUAUACCACUCCCACCAGCUCUGAGCACCCAAGGGGCCAGGAGACAGGACUGCUCACGGAGCUUCUGCACAUCCUCUCCACUGACUCAGAGGGCUUCCCUCGCCGGGCUGCCAUGCAGGUCUUCACUGAGUGGCUGAGGGACGGCCAUGCUGAUGUGGCCACUGACCUGGAACAGUUUGUGACCAGAGUGCUCCAGGUGGCAAGCCAGGACCUGGAUUGGGAGGUCCGGGCACAGGGCCUAGAGCUGGCACUGGUGUUCCUGGUGCAGAUGCUUGGCCAGCCUGACGUCCAUUGUCCCUAUAUUGCGACCCUUCCCAAGGUGGGCCCAUCCGGCCCACAGACCCAGGCCCUACAGUCUCUCUGCCGAGUGCGGCUCUUUGAGUUUGCGUUUCGUGCCUUGUUUGACUGUGACCGACCUGUGGCCCAGAAGUCUUGUGACCUCCUCCUUUUUCUGAGGGCCAAGACUACUCCCAGUGAUGCCCCGCAGGAGGUGGGGAGCAACCCUGACACAGCUGCUGUGGAGGCUGCUCUGCAGAGAUGGCGGGCAGGUGAGCAGGGCCAGUCCCUGGAGGACCUGGAGCCUAAAGCUGUGCUUGCUGUGCUGAGAUCUCUGGACCUGGAGGGCCUUAGGGGAGCACUGGCAGAGAGUAGUGACCACGUGGAGAAGAGUCCUCAGUCACUGCUGCAGGACAUGCUGGCCACUGCAGGCAUCCUGGGGGAUAAUGAGGCUGAUUGCUACUGAGGUGACCUGGGGACUACUUCCCAGCCUACCCACUGUACCAUAUCCUUGCCUUAGGCCCUAGUUAUCCUGAGAGCUCCAGCUGGCCUGGCUGCAUAGGGAACCCUCCAGGAAAACUGGGACCAGGAAAGACCAGAAGGUCAAAGAAUUCCACAUUGUGAUGUAUUUUUAAAGACAUGGCUUAUUUUCUACUCAAAAUAAAUGGUCUUUGACAGUG